AUGGAGGUUGAAUAUUCAUACAACAUAGAUCUGUCUAAUAAUGGAGAAUAUAAUAACCAACUUCUCAAAAGUUUGGUACAAUUUAGAAAGGAUGGCACAUUUUGUGAUGUUCGUUUAAUGGUCAAUGGUGCAUGUGUAAAUGCUCAUAGAAAUGUAUUGGCAGCAAGAAGUUCAUAUUUUGAAGCCAUGUUUUCUGGAAAUUUCCAGGAAAAUGUUGUUGAUGGAGUAGCUGUGAUUGAUUUGAGUAAUGUUGCAGAAGAUGUCAGCCAUCUUGAAAAAAUUAUUGAUGCAAUUUAUGAAGGAUCAUGUACAGUAACUCACAGUACCACUCCAGGAAUCUUCCAUUUGGCUUCAUUCUUCAUGUUUGAAGAUUUACAAGCCAGGCUAGUAGAUAAUCUCGUUGUCCGAACUUAUACAUCUCUGAGGACUAUUUUACAAGGUUACAUUUUGGCAGUCACAUAUGAAAUUGAGAAUUUAAAGAAAACGUGUCUUUGUGUCAUUGACUCACGUUUUCAUGACUAUUUUAUUUACCAAGAAGAAAUUUUGGCCUUAACAGAUGAUCAAAUGAAAUAUUUGUUUAGCAGAAAAGUGCACAGAUACUGUUCACCAUUGAAAAUUAUUUGCUUUUUAUUGCGAUGGAUUAAACAUAAUUCAGAUGAUAAAAGGGUUCAGUAUAUUGAAGACAGUCUUGAAAUUUUAAAACCAAUUUUAGAGCCAUUGAAACAUGAAAAAUUGUUGAAGACCAAGUUAUUUUUAGAGAAAUAUAAGAUUGAUAACAUAUCUGAUGAAUAUUUAAGUGUGGUAAAGGAUCUCAUUAUUGACAUAGUUUCAAACCUUUCUUCCGAAUCAAACACUGUAUCUAAAACCAUUCAACCAUGUGAUAAAACCAGGUGCCUAAUAAUUGUUGUACCGGAUAAAAACCUCAUUCAAGAUGUAUAUAAGAAGGAAUUUGAGUAUACACUCAGUAAAAUAGAUGGGAAACGUGUUUGUUUGAAUCCUCCUAGACACAAUCGUCAACAGGUCAUGAAGGUAGCCAUUUAUGACAUGGAUCUAGAAAAUUGGUUUGAAGUAGGAGACUUUAUACCUUUAGCAAAAUUUGACAAUCGUAAUAAUUGGAAAGCAGCAUCUUUAAAUGACAAAAUAUAUUUUGUGAGUCUCCAUUUGAGAAUUUGUUACUCGCUCUCUUUAAAGACAUUAAUGUGUCAAGAAAUUUCAAUCAAGGAUAUUUUGGAUCAAUUUGAAGGUGAAAUUAAAAGCAUCAUGCCCUUAGCUGUGAAUAAUCAACUUUAUGCAUUGGCAUCAAAUUGUAGGCAAAUUGUUGCUGAACUUAAAACAGAGCAGAAAUAUUUCAAACUGGAAGAGGAUUUGACUUGGACAUUUGUAGCAGGUAUUGAACAUGAACAUAGUAACACCCCAGCAUCUCUUAUUAAUGCAUUUAACAAGAAGGUUAUUGCAGUUAAAGCCAGCAUUGUGGUCAGUUUGGGCAAAAAUCUCCUUGAAAUCAAAGAUGGACAUGUUUUUGACACAGUGUCUUCAACAAUUAAGAAAUUCUCUGGACCAUGUUAUUUGUCUUCUCCUGUCCGUCUGCUAGUAAAGGGAGAUAAUUUGUUUAUCAUUGAUGCAGAGGGAUGGAUGAGACAAUAUGAUUGGGAUAUAGAAGAGUGGAUGUUUCCAGAGAAAAUUGACCUGUCUUGUGUUCGAUAUUGUAGAUCUGUAGCCAGUGAAUCGGAAUAUCCCUGUUUAUCACAUGUUUCCACUAAUUCCGGUGACAGUAUUUGGGAAAUUGUGAACCAUGGUGCUUUCAAUAGUUAUUUGCUCAAAAUAGACAUUGACAAUGAUGGAGAGUUGCACACAACUAAAUGCUCUCCACCGCCUUUUAAAUAUUUUACUUUGUGCACAGCAGGAACUUGUAGUACAGAAUUACUACAGUCUUUGAAUGAUUCUCAGUAUUUAGAUCCUGAUAUUUGA